AUGGCGCCGCCGCUCAAGGACGAGCUGGACAUCGUCAUCCCGACGAUCCGCAACCUCGACUUCCUGGAGAUGUGGCGGCCCUUCUUCCAGCCGUACCACCUCAUCAUCGUGCAGGACGGCGACCCGGCCAAGACGAUCAAGGUGCCCGAGGGGUUCGACUACGAGCUCUACAACCGCAACGACAUCAACAAGAUCCUCGGCCCCAGGGCGUCGUGCAUCUCCUUCAAGGACUCCGCGUGCCGCUGCUUCGGCUACAUGGUGUCCAAGAAGAAGUACAUCUACACGAUCGACGACGACUGCUUCGUGGCCAAGGACCCCACGGGCAAGGACAUCGACGCGCUGGCGCAGCACAUCAAGAACCUGCUGUGCCCGUCCACGCCGCUCUUCUUCAACACCCUCUACGACCCCUACGCGCCGGGCGCCGACUUCGUGCGCGGCUACCCGUUCAGCCUCCGGGAGGGCGUGCCGACGGCCGUGUCGCACGGGCUGUGGCUCAACAUCCCGGACUACGACGCGCCCACGCAGCUGGUGAAGCCCCGGGAGCGGAACGAGAGGUACGUGAACGCCGUGAUGACCAUCCCCAAGGGCACCCUCUUCCCCAUGUGCGGCAUGAACCUCGCCUUCGACCGCGACCUCAUCGGCCCCGCCAUGUACUUCGGCCUCAUGGGCGACGGACAGCCCAUCGGACGCUACGACGACAUGUGGGCCGGAUGGUGUGUUAAGGUAAUCUGCGAUCACCUGGGUUUGGGCGUCAAGACCGGGCUGCCCUACAUCUGGCACAGCAAGGCCAGCAACCCGUUCGUAAACCUCAAGAAGGAGUACAAGGGCAUCUUCUGGCAGGAGGACAUCAUCCCCUUCUUCCAGGCCGUCGUGCUGCCCAAAGACUGCGACACCGUGCAAAAGUGCUACAUCGCGCUCUCGCAACAGGUCAAGGAGAAGCUCGGCAAGGUCGACCCCUACUUCACCAAGCUCGCCGACGCCAUGGUCACCUGGAUCGAGGCCUGGGACUCGCUCAACUCCUCCGGGGGCACUGCCGUCGCCAACGGCAAGCCCAAGAAGUGAAGUAGAUCUAUGCUGCCGCCGGUACGGCCGGUGAAGUGACGACGGCGGCGGCUCGGCUAGCUCUCUCGUACGUCGUGUAGGUUGCGUGCAUCAGGUUUAAAGCUGUUGCAUUGUGUUUCUUAUAUACUGCAUCACAUGGAGUAAUUAGUUCGUGGCCCUUUCCCCUUUCUCUUUUUUUCUUCUUAUCAUCAUCAAGUCGAGUCGAGGUCAUUUUCUUUAGGUUCAGUGCCGUACGUCCGUUCUCAGGGAUACUAGUGUUUCCUUGUAUUAUUAAUUACACUACUACAAUGUGAGAAUAAAUAGAAAUUGCGUA